ACAUCUUCCAAUAGGAAACUGGGAAUCUCGUGACGUGGAAUGAAGUGACACGAACCUCAGCACUCAGUCAGGCUCAGAGGUGCUGACCCUGGCUCCGGUGAAGUGGGUACUGAUUGUAUACACUUUAGACAAUAGAAAUAGUUGAAACGGCGAUGAUUUGACAUAGGAGUCAGAAUUUUUCAGGUAAAUAUUUCCAGUGUUUAAUAUUUGCCAGUGAUGAGUUUGAACGGCGGUCAUGUCUUCCUGUUGCUGUGUACGUUUGUCGGCUCCCUCGCCGAAAAGGAGCCGUUCGACGACGAAGGUCGAAAAGCAGAAGCUGUCACAACUUUGGUGAGUGUGCUAGUUGAAGAUGUGAAAAAACCUGAAGACAGCCUCGGAUUCGUCCAUGGCUUCUUGGCUUCGUUUUCGGUGAUAAUUGUCUCUGAGAUCGGCGAUAAGACUUUCUUCAUCGCUGCUAUCAUGGCGAUGAAGCAUUCGAGGAUGACGGUGUUCAUCGGUGCCAUGUCCGCCCUGGCGCUCAUGACCGUGCUGUCUGUUGUCUUCGGUUGGGCCGUCACCAUAAUACCCAAGUCGUACACUUAUUACAUAUCCACCGCCCUUUUUACCUUCUGCGGUCUCAAGAUGCUUUACGAGGGAUACAAGAUGUCUCCCAACGAAGGCCAGGAGGAGUUCGAUGAGGUCCAGUCCGACCUGCGUAAGAGGGAGGAGGAUUUUGAAAAGGAAGCACUAGUCGGCGACAUAGAGUCAGGCGCCAGGGGGCAGAAAAACGUCUUCUUGCUCGUCUCGAAGAUCGUCAUUCAAGCAUUCACAUUGACGUUUCUUGCAGAAUGGGGUGACCGGUCGCAAUUCGCAACUAUUUUACUCGCUGCGAGGGAAGACGUCUGCGGAGUUACAUUGGGAGGCAUCAUCGGCCACUCAAUUUGCACCUGUUUGGCUGUCAUCGGCGGGCGGUUCGUCGCCCAAAGGAUAUCUGUCCGCUCGGUCACAAUGAUUGGAGGUGUAGUAUUCCUUAUAUUUGCAUUUUCAGCUUUCUUCAUCGACACAAACUGAGAGAUGUGAUCACACUAGAUUUAUUUUACUAAAGUUUUACAAAGUGAUAUAUUAUUGAUCAACCCCUUUAAAGAGAUAAAUCCAUUGUAAUAAUGUAUUAUGUGAAAAACACAUUCACAGCCUACAUAUAUAGGCAUAUAAAUAAAAUAAUACAAAUAAAUGUAAAUUUAUAUUGUAAAAAAUGUUGAUAUUUAGAUCUUGUCAAAUACUGUGUAUAUAUCAUUUUUAUGAAAUGACAAUUUGUCACUAAAUUAAAUUGUAUUUUUUUACAUCAAAUGAAUAGUACAAUAAUUGUUAUAUGAAAAUGUUUGAAUCUGUAUAACUAUUGUUUAUGUAUAAAAAAAAAAAAAUUAUGUGGGCCGUCAGUCCAGUAUUCAAAUUGUAAGAGUUUAUAUGAUUAAUUAAAAUGAAAUCACCCAACAUAAACAAUUAAAUUUAUAGAGAAUUUCUUCAAAAGAUAGCUUCUACCUACUCUAUUGAACCACUACAGUAUAAAAUUCUUUGGUUAUUGAUCGUGUUUUGAGAGCAACUUGUCUUUCUAGUAUUACUUGCCUAAAUUUUAAAGCAUGUAUUGUAUUUAUGCACAUUAAGAUGAUUUUUCAUUUUAAUGGUAACACAUGGUGCAAAUCAAAAAGAAAUAUUCUGAUAAUUAGUAGCUUGAUGUUCCCAAUCUGCCUAUUCUCACCGGUUUUGUCCGUCAAGCUUGUUUCGUACAUAUCAUCAGUGAUUUUGGCCUGACAAAACUGACAGGCAGGCCAGGAAAAUCAAGAUAAUUUUAAGCCAUCAUUUAAUUACUGUCCUACGCUGAUUUUUUAUUUAUUAAAAAAAAAUGCAAGAUAA